GUACCAUAUUUGACAGUGCUGCUGUCAUAUAAACAAAUUGGGGAUAUGUCAAGCGUGUUUAUAUUGGCUUUAUAAGCGUUGCAAAACAUUUGCGGGCAUUCUUGGAUAAGUCUUUAUUUCCUUAAGUAGCUAUUAUAAUAACUAGAAGAAAAUCAAAAUGACUGCUGUACCACCACCAACAAAUGUUUCAACGCUACUUCCAUUAGAGCUCGUGGACAAAUGCAUUGGUUCCCGCAUACAUAUUAUCAUGAAGAAUGAUAAAGAAAUUGUGGGUACUUUACUCGGAUUCGAUGACUUUGUUAAUAUGCUGUUAGACGAUGUCACAGAAUAUGAAAACACACCUGAAGGCCGACGUAUCACUAAGCUGGAUCAAAUCUUAUUGAAUGGCAACAAUAUAACGAUGCUGGUACCAGGUGGCGAAAUUCCAGAAUAAAUUUAGAGUAAACUCCUUUGUUACUACUAUUAAUUAAUAAACUUUACAUAUUAAUAUUAAAAUACGCUAUUUUAAAAAGUUUGAAAUUAUAGGUUAUAAGGAAACAAAAGGAAAACUUAAAGUUAAUUAACAUAUGCAGUUGAUGACUGAAUAUUCUUUGGAAUAAAAAUAUAUAUAUUAUUUUAAA